UCCAGGCAUAACGUAACGGUAACACAAGUCCUCCAGUGUAGGGAAAAAAUUAUGGAAGGGUGAGUGUGGACUGUGUCAGUAAAAAUAGGUUGUUGGAAUUUUACGCCAGGGUUGGAAUACUUUUUGUCUACAACCACAAAUCCAUCUGUCGUCUUGAAAUUGAGCUAAUCUUCACGUAGCUUCUCUUCUCACCUGGGAGGACGCCCCGAAUCCUGUUUGCUGGCGGUCCGGACAACUAUUUCCGCUGUGUUUUCCAUGUUAUGAUGGCUAGCACUUGCUAGCUGAGUGGCUGGUACCGCUGCAAUGCUAGGUGAUAAUUAGAUAGAUCGCUUUUUAGCUGAACAGUUUUAGUGGAUAUUUAAAGGUUUUUCGAGACAAAGGAUAAGGAUUACCUAAAUUUUUAUUAUUCUGUAAAGUUAUUUUUCACUACUUUUACCACCAUGCACACCGUCAGAUGUGACAGCCACCACGGCAGAGAUUCCACGAGCCUUCAGUCGUUUUUUUCGGGAUGUUUUUGAAGUCAUGUCGCCACCACCGGGAGAGAAACCGUUGACUUUGGAUUGUGCCCCGUUUUCUAUUUUCCUGGUAAAAUAUUAACUAUGUAUCUAAGCAACAGCUUGGAUUUGUUUGGAUACGUUUAAACUUUCAAGUGAGUGGGACUGAAAUCGACGAAAGGAAACCCCAGCACGGGACAAGUAAUACACAAACGAUCCUUUCCCCCUAAAUAAAUAUCAUGGCAUCGGUGUGGAAAAGAUUACAACGUGUGGGGAAACAUGCGUCCAAGUUUCAGUUCGUGGCUUCCUAUCAGGAGUUGAUGGUGGAAUCCACAAAGAAAUGGCAGCCAGACAAGCUGGUAGUGGUGUGGACGCGCAGGAGCCGACGGAAGUCCUCCAAGGCUCACAGUUGGCAGCCAGGCAUCAAGAACCCCUACCGAGGAGUGGUGGUUUGGCCUGUACCAGAAAACAUAGAAAUCACUGUCACACUCUUCAAGGACCCCCACGCAGAAGAGUUUGAAGACAAGGAGUGGACGUUUGUCAUAGAAAAUGAGUCUCCUUCAGGUCGUAGAAAGGCUCUUGCGACCAGCAGCAUCAACAUGAAGCAGUAUGCCAGCCCCAUGCCCACACAGACUGACGUCAAGCUCAAGUUCAAGCCCCUCUCCAAGAAGGUGGUGUCUGCCACGCUACAGUUCUCCCUCUCCUGCAUCUUCCUCCGUGAGGGCAAGGCCACUGACGAGGACAUGCAGAGCCUGGCCAGCCUGAUGAGUAUGAAGCAGGCCGACAUCGGCAACCUUGACGACUUUGAGGAGGAGGACGAGGAGAAUGAGGAGAACAGGGCCAAUCAGGAGGAGAAGGCUGCCAAGAUCACAGAGAUGGUAAAUCAGCUCAAUGCUCUCAGCUGCUUAGCCGGAGACCCUGACGACUACUUCCUAAAGCUGGCUAGUAAAACGCCAAGCAGCGCUCAGUCUUCCUCCCAAGAGCUGAUCAGUAAGCUGAACUUCCUGGAGGAGGAUCAGGACACGCCGCCUGCCCUCUGCUCCAAUCCCUUCGAAGAGCCAGAUGAUGAUGUUGAUGACCCCUCCCACCCGGAACACACCAAUCUCUUCAACCCGUUCGGUGACCCGGAUGAUGAUGAUGACACAGGGCCCCCCUCCCUCACCCUCCGACAGGACCAAGAGGCCUACUGUGACCAAGAACCCUCCAACCCCUUCGACGAGGACGAAAACAACACGCACUCACACACAGAGUCCAACCCGUUUGACCAGCCCGACCAGGACCUAGACCCCCAGGGGCCCCAGGUCCAGCAGCCGGAGGCUCCCAAACCCAGGGGGAGGAAGGGGGUCAGGCCGGUGGAUAUGAGCAAGUACCUGUAUGCUGAUACUAACGCACCACCAGAGGACCAACUGGAUGAAUCCAACCCGUUCUACGAGCCCCAGACCUCCAGCCCAUCCCGGCCCUCCGGGGGCCCCUCUCCAGACUUCAGUAGCCAGAAGAGGAGAGCCCCGCUGCCUCCCAGACCUCCAGGCCCCAGCCCCUCGGCCCCCAACACCUCCAGGGAGGGGCCAGAGAGGGAGAGAUCCAUGCCCAGUGGACCCAGUGCCGUGGCAGCCGUGGUGGGGCGAGAGCUAGCCUUCUCCUCCCCUAAGCCCAGUCCUGUCCCGAGCCCAGUGCUUGGUGGGAAGCCCAACGCUAGCCAAUCCCUGCUGGCCUGGUGCCGUGAGGUCACAAAGAAUUACCGCGGAGUCAAGAUCACCAACUUCACCACAUCCUGGAGGAACGGCCUGGCAUUCUGCGCCCUGCUCCAUCACUUCAGACCUGACUACAUAGACUACAAGGCCCUCAAUCCUCAGGAUAUUAAAGAAAACAACAAAAAGGCGUAUGAUGUUUUUGCCAGCCUGGGCAUCAGUCGUCUGUUGGAGCCGUCGGACAUGGUUCUGCUGGCCAUACCUGACAAGCUGACCGUCAUGACAUACCUCUAUCAGAUCAGAGCCCACUUCAGUGGAGAGGAACUCAACGUGGUGCAGAUAGAGGCCAACAGCAGCCGCAGCACAUACAAGGUGGGAGACUUCGAGACAGACACCAACGCCUCCAUCGGCCAGGACCAGUUCUAUGCCGAGCUAAACGUCAGUGAUGCUAAUGCCCAGACCACUGGAUCCAGUGGGGACGUUAGCAUCGGAGCUAACGGCGCUGGCGCCGCCAACAGAGCCGUGGCUAAAGAGAGGAGGAGGAGAUGGAGGUGGAGACGACCGACGUCAACUACAACUACCCCCGAAGGCAGACACCCUGGACCUGAGCCAGCUCCCUCUGAGGACAGAGAGAGGAGAGAGAUGGAGAGAGGGACGGAGAGAGGGACGGAGAGAGAGAUGAGGGAGCAGGAAGGGAUGAGGGAUGGAGCCCCAGACAACGGGCCCCCAGGGGCCUCGUCUCCCUCCUCCCACAAGCUGGGCUUCUCCUACAACCGUGAUGCUGACCUCAUCAAGAAGAAGAGGGCCAGCCUCCGCCACUCUGAGUCUGAGACCGCCUCCGACUGUAGCGGCCCCACCCCUAACAACCACGCUGACACGCCCACUAAACAGGAGCCUACGCCCGUCCCCAGCUCCCCAGUGGAAAAGAAGGUGCAGUCUCGGCAGGAGGAGCUGAAGGAAAGAGCCAGGCUUCUCCUGGAGCAGGCCCGGCGGGACGCUGCCAUGAAGGCCGGCAGCAAGCACACAGCCAACUCGGCUAACUCCGUCCCGGUUAAAACGCCUCAAGUCACUGACGAGAGGGAUGUGGAGCGUCGGAGGCAGCUGAGAGAGAGGGCCAGACAGCUCAUCGCCGAGGCUCGCUCUGGGGUCAAGAUCACAGAGAUGCCCCUUUACGACCCGACCGCUGACCGAGGGAGAGGCAGAACCAUCCCUACUGGAGAUGUAUUGGAUGGAGAUGCUGGUGAUGAUAAUGGGGGUGAGGAGGAGGAGGGGGGGAGAGAUGAGGAAGAUCACCAUGAUGAUACUGUGACAGAGGGCUGCUGUGGUAAUACUAACCCUGCUGAGGCCCCUCCACCCUCCUCCACCUUCCAGGGGCAUCAGGAGCCUACUAACACCAGCUCUGAGCUAACCUCUCUGGGUGUGAACAGUAAACACGUGGACUUGAAGCUAAAGAUGGUGGAGGUACGACCUGGAGGACCCAACUCUUCCUCCUCUCCCUCAUCCUCCUCUUCCUCUCCCUCCGUCUCCUCAUCCACCUCUCCACUCAGCCCCACAGAGAACAAUGCGGAGCGGUUGCGCAGGGCGACAGAGAGACUGCGUAGUCCUGUGGUCUUCAGUCAGGAACCAGCUGUCAGGAAAACACAGCUCCGGUCCUUCAGCCAGUAUGUGGAGGCCAGGCCAGAGGUAAAGCGUCAGAGAUCAGUACCAGAGGAUCUGAGGCGAGCGGGCGAGGAGAGAGGACUGGCACCAGACACCGACGCUCGCAAGCCUUAUGAAGAUGAAAAGGCGUUCAAAGACACCAGUCAGUACGUGGUCGGGGAGCUGUCUGCUCUGGAGAGCGAGCAGCGCCACAUCGACGCCCGGGCGGCGCGCGUGGAGAAGAGGCUCCGCUAUCUCAUGGACACAG